CAAACAACAAACAACCAACACAAUGAGGGGUAGAGGAGGCAAGGGAGGAUCAAGACCACACUCCCACUUUCACUCUCACUCCCACUCUCACUCUGACUGUGCCGUGACUGUUACACUCCAACGUCUUUUUUACCCGUGAAACGAAGCAUGGUUCAUGCAGUUUCCCGGCGCUUGUGCCUGUAUCACCUCCUGUGAAUCCCCAUCAAUUAUCGUGCGCAGUUGCACAAAGAAAACUGAGUCUUGACGUCUGUUCUCGUCGGAACACACACGCUCACCCUCUGAGUAACGCACCCACGCACUCAGAAACCAGUUAUUUCUUCGGAUUAGGCGAAUUCGUCGGCGAACAAGCUCCGAUACCGAAUUGAAACGAUAUGAUUUCAAGGCCGUGGAUCUGCGGCUGAGAUGCAUGCGCAGUGGCUCUCUCUAACGCGGGCGCCUUGUUCUGUUUCUCACCUCCCUUCUCGGGGACAUGCUACUUCCUUGCCUCGUCCGAGCUUGCAUCUACAACCAAGGACUUGCACUUUAACGCACUUGUCUGGACAUGCUGGCUCUUUUUAUCUUGAGGUACAUGCGAGGCCCUGGAGAGCCGCAUUGACACACGCAGGCCACAACCAUGAUCAAAGAGCAUCAACUACCAAUAAAAGCGAAAGGCAACGGGUUGCCUUCUCGUCAAUCAUAAGGUCCUACGUCAUAGCACUCCUCAACAGAUGCUUCUGUCUCCAGCUCCAUGCACGAGGCAGAAACGAGCAUGACAUGGCGCCUAUUGAGAUAAUGACUCGCCGAGUAAUUCUCGGAUGCUGUUUCGUAUCGAGUUGCCCUAUAUGGAAGAAUAUCGUGAGGCAAUUGCGGUAUUUUGAAAAAGAAAAACAGAAAAUCUCCAUUGUAGUUCUGAAAAUGACUCGAGCGUGAUAAAAAAGAAUCUCUCAACUAAUCUGCUCAGAUGGGGGCGGUGAGAGUCAUUGCUGUGCAUAUGGGCUGAGAGGGUUCAUCAGGUUGAAACAGAGUUCACUGCUGUCGUUUGAAAUAGAUGAAUCAUGUUGGUUCCGAAGCUUAGUUGUCUGUAGUUCUGUUGUAAACCUCAAGGCAUUACCCCUUACCAUUUGGCUCAUCAUGAGGCAGUCGUGGACCCCAAAUUGUUAUUUGCACACUUGUAAGAAGAAGGCUCUUCAGUCUUUUUUAAGACCCAGU